AUGAGUUCGGGACCUAAAACCCUGAAAAGAAAGCCUGAUGAAUCUGUUAGUGAUCAGGUCCCAGUUAAAGUAAUUGAAAAAUCAAGUGAGGGUUCUCGACGUCCUGCGAUUAUAAGUCCUAUCAAAUUAAAUGUACCCACACAGGAUUUUACACCUGAAAUCCCUAAAAAGGUAGACAGCAAGGUCCGUGAAGUCUUCAACUCAGAUGAGGAAAGUGAGGAAGAGGAAAUUCCAACGGAAGCCAGAAUACGAAUGCGAAAUUUAGGAAGGUACACUCCCACAUCUUGCGGUCCCAAUUCUUUUGGAAAAGGAAGAUUUGGUUUUGUUGAUCGUAGAGCAUUACUUAAUAAACAAACAGAAGCAUUGAAUGAAGCAGUUUCAGGAGAGAAUGAACGUUAG